CAAAAAAGGCCCGUUAAGGGGGAAGAGAGUAGAGACCUCAAAUCCUGAACACCGGAGAAUCUCUCUCCUCUCUUUCGCUCUAACAAUUUUCUGGUGAGUGAGCGAGAGUGAUCUCAGUACUCAUUUUCAAUCCUAUCUCAAUACCCAAGUCGCUGCAUUUGAACUGAAUUUUGCUCCAACAAUGGCCGCCAAACCACAGAUAUUUACGGGAUUAACCCUGGCGUCCACGCCUGCCUCUUCUUCCUCCUCUACUAACAGCCUUAGAUUAUGUGUGGUCAAGAGGCCUCUCACUACGUCCUUCUUCGGUGCCGGAGUGGGAGCAUUAAAAGUUGAGGUAGUCAAGUCAGCUCGCUCCAAUAAAAUUCGUGGUGGUGCUCUUGGUGCCCGUAUGAAUCUUUUUGAUCGGUUUGCUAGAGUUGUCAAGUCAUAUGCCAAUGCAGUCAUAAGUUCCUUUGAAGAUCCUGAGAAAAUUUUGGAUCAAACGGUUAUCGAAAUGAGCGAUGACUUAACAAAGAUGCGUCAGGCAACAGCACAAGUAUUGGCAUCUCAAAAGCGGUUGGAGAAUAAGUACAAAGCUGCCCAACAAGCUUCUGAGGAAUGGUACCGCAAGGCACAAUUUGCCUUGGAGAAAGGAGAUGAGAAUCUUGCACGUGAAGCUCUAAAGAGGAGAAAAUCUUUUGCAGAUAAUGCUAAUUCUUUGAAAGCUCAACUUGAUCAACAGAAAGGUGUUGUUGAAAAUCUUGUCUCUAAUACCCGGCUUCUGGAGAGCAAGAUACAAGAAGCGAGAUCAAAGAAAGAUACCCUGAAAGCACGUGCACAGUCUGCAAAGACUCAAACCAAAGUAAGCGAAAUGUUGGGAAAUGUCAAUACAAGUAAUGCUCUUUCCGCUUUUGAAAAGAUGGAAGAGAAAGUGAUGGCAAUGGAGUCUCAAGCAGAAGCUCUUGGUCAAUUAACUUCUGAUGAUCUAGAAGGAAAGUUUGCAUUGCUAGAGGGCUCGUCAGUUGACGAUGAUCUAGCAAGCUUGAAGAAGGAACUUUCCGGUAGCUCAAAGAAAGGCGAACUUCCACCGGGAAGAAGUGUCAGCGCCAGCUCAAAUACACCAUAUCCCUUUCAAGAUGCUGAGAUAGAGAGGGAGCUCAAGGAAUUGAGACAGAAGGCAAAAGACUUCUAAUUUUUAUUUGCAUUGGUCAAAAAUUGGGGGAAUCUACUCCUGUAGGCAAAUUCAAAUUUUGCUAUAGCUUCAUUCAGCUGUUUGUUUUAGCAUAUAUUUGUAUAGGAAAACACCAAACAAAAGUCCUAAUUUGGUAUUAAUUAGAUUAUUAAUUCUAUGGUGUAUGUAUAUGUAAGCAGUUUCUGCUUUUGAGCUUCGUGCUUAUGUAAACUAGCUUUUGGAUUAUGUAUGACAUUGACACCCCCAACAAAAAUGUAUAUUAAGAUUAUUUUUGACAA